AUGGUUAACAACAAUCAGCGCGGGCAACUGGACAUGGUUUGGAGGGUGGCAGGGAAGCACCCACCCUUCUUUGCGGGUCAGGAAGACCCCAUGGUGCUUGAAAACUGGAUUCACGCCUUCAACAAAAUCCUGGAGGUGGUGGAGUGCCCGGAGGGGCGACGCGUCGAGAUAGCCAGUUUCUAUUUGCAGCAAGAGGCAGACCUCUGGUGGGUCCAUGAAGACUCAGUGAUGAGGCAAGAGCCCAAGUUCAUAUGGGAGUCCUUUAAGGGCAAGAUGCGUGCUCACUUCUACCUAGUGCAUGUGAAGGCGGUUAUGCAGGAAGAGUUCUUGCACCUCAAACAGGGGUCCGUUCCGACGGAGGAAAGUAAGACCGAGAAGUUCGUAGUCGGACUGAACUUGGACACUCGUAUGGCACUGGUAGUGUUUAAGUUUCGUACCUUGAGUGAGGCAUAUAGUAGCGCAACGGACCACUAUCGGGUGUUGUCCAUUCGGCGGGGAGUGCAAGAUCGGACAAAGAGCCUUGGUGAGGGCGGUGGUGUAUCAAAUUCCAAAAGGCAUACGCCAGUUGGUCCCGGAUUUGCGGGGAACUUCCAUAAGGGCAGUGCUAGCGGUGGAGGCACGUCUCAACCCACGAUGGGGCAGGGGACUAGAAGUGAUGGGGUUAGAGAGCAUCAUUUUCGAUGCAGGAGGUUCGGGAGAGAUCAUCUCGGGAGAGAUUGCGGUGGGCACUUGGUCGAGUGCUACAGUUGUGGCCAGAGGGGUCAUAGGGCAUCUGAGUGCACAUCUGGAAAAGGAGGAUCGUCCAAUCCUAUACUGAAUGCAACACAAGGAGCGCAGACUUCGACUCAGCCUCCGAAAGAGAUUGAAGGUAAGAGCGGGAGCACACCUGGAGGUAGUCAGAGUGCCUAG